UUGGCUUUUACCACCGCAAACGAAGGCUUACGCAUCGAUUCUGCGCUCAAGAUUUUAAGGAGCAGCAUUUUGCAGCUAUGCAGCCAGUCGCAGCCUUCAUCCUCCAAGAGAUCAAGGGCCAAUUCCUCGCAUCCAUCCCCCACCUGGCAGUCAUGCUCGUCGCGUUAACUUUGCAGAGUUUCAUGAUACCAAUAGGCUCCGCAAAAAUCCUCGACGACGCUGGAGACGACCUCACGGAACGAAUCAAGUACCUCGCCGCCUAUCAAUUACUGGCGGUCGCAUGCAACGCCCUCCAACGGCGCUUAUCAGAAGGCAGAGCGCACGCCCAGCGCAGCCGACUGCAAGCCCAGGGCUACGAGCGCGUGCUGCGAUUGGACGAUAGCGAACUAGAUGAUGCGAAGGUCGGCGAGCUCGUCCAAACGUUAAGAGAUCCGGGCGCGGCCUGGCUCGCCUGCGAGUUCCCCGCGGCGGCGCUGAACGCCCUGGUCAAGUUAGUCGGUGGCGCGUGGGCCAUGCGGCGGGCGGACGCGCACCUCGCCGCCGUCGGUCUGGCUUCUGCACCCUUGUUGUUUCUCGUGCAGAAGGCUCGGUCGAAGCUGGCGCGGCGCGCGACGCGCAAGACCCAGGCCCUGGAAGCGGACGCGCUAGCUCGCGUGUCCGAGGCCCUGGGGCUGCGGUCCACGGUGAGAGCUCAUGGCGCCGAGCUGUGUGGAAAUCAAGCAGUGAGUUAGGUUAUCCUGAGAAUAUUGCGCGGACCUUUGUGACUCUCCACGCCAUCGAGCAGAGGCUGUUACGAGGACAACGUCGCGUCGAUGGCGUAAAAUCUCCACGCCAUCGAGCAGACGCAGCUACGGAGACAACCUCGCGACGAUGGGUGGGGCGCCUGAAGUUUGAUUUCCACACAGGCGCCGAGCCCCUCGAGGCGCGCCAGUUCCAGGGCGCCGUCGAUAAAGUAAUAAAGCAGCACACGAAAACCCUCAAAAAGGACGUGCGCCUGUCAGCCGGCGCGGAGAUCGUUGUCGCGGCGGGAGAGCUCGCGCUACUCAUGGCGGCAGCGAAACGGCGGGCCAGUGGCGGGUUAGGAUUGGGCGCCUACGCGGCCUUCCGCGCCGCCCUACUCCAGUACCAGCGCGGGCUGCGCGAGACGACGAAGGCGGCGAACAAGGCCGCGCGCGGCGUCGGCGCCGCGGAGCGCUACGUCGCCCUCGUCCACGGAUCGUCAGUGAUCCUCGACGGCGUGGGCCGCGAACCGAGUUCAGAAGUGGCGCCUUCUAUAGAAUUCGAGGACGUCGUCUUCGCCUACGACGCGAAGGCGCCGCGGCCCGUGCUCCGGGGUCUCAAAUUAUUAAUGGAGCCGGGCGCAACGACGGCGCUCGUGGGGCCGUCGGGCUCCGGGAAGUCGACGGUGGCGCGGUUGUUAUUGAGGCUGCGCGACCCGGCGGGAGGCCGCGUUCUGGUCGACGGCGUCGACGUGAGAGACCUCGACGCGCUCGCGCACCGCCGGCGGAUUGGGGUUGUGCCCCAGGAACCGCAGUUGUUCAACCGAAGCGUCGCCGAGAACGUGGCCUACGGCAUGGAGCCGGCGCCUCCCAUAGAGCUCAUCGAAGCUGCUUGUGUCAAAGCGGGCGUCGAUACUGUAAUCAGCAAGCUGCCGGAGGGCUACUCUACAAAAUGCGGUGAAAGGGAGACGCGGCUGAGCGGCGGCGAGAAGCAGCGCGUGGCCCUGGCGCGGGCGCUGGUGCGAGACCCGCGGAUUCUGCUGUUAGAUGAGGCCACGUCGGCCCUGGACGCGGCGACGGAGCGCCGCGUCCAGGCGGCGUUGGAAGCCGCCGCGGCGGGGCGAACCACUCUUGUCGUGGCGCACCGAUUGGCGACAAUACGCCGCGCGGAUGCGAUCGUCGUGCUGGACGCUGGCCGAGUGAUCGAGCGCGGCACGCACGCCCAGCUGAUGAAGAAGAAGGGCGCGUACAAGGCGCUCGUGGAGGCUCAGGCCGGCGGCGACGAGCGCCACGUCGAGCGGACGGUCCCGGCGCCGCCGAUCGUCCUCCUCUCGAAUAUAUCGUCGGACGACGAGGGGGACUGUGUGUGGUGAUAAGUGUUGUAACAA